AUGUGGCUACCUGGUCAAGAAGUUGAAGGGAUGGACGCAUUGGAUGAAUUCAACAAUGGUCAAGAUUUCUCGGAGGAUGGGAGGGUAUUGAUAGGCCAGAAUCCAUUUUUGUUCAUUCACUGCUUUUGUUUACUUGUGGAGCUAGACAAACAAAAGGGUCCUGCCUGUUACGAUACUUUGUUGGAUGAAAUAUCCCAGAAUGGCACUGGACUGUGCAACUUCUGUGAUAUGUUCGAACGAUCCAAAGAGAGAGAGAGUAAGGAAGCUGAAGGAUCUGACAUGAUAGGUAUGAGUGAGAGAGAGAGGUCCAAGCACAUGAGCCAGACGGGCCAAUAG